AGAUCUUCGUACAGACACUACAGAUUAAUCAUAGCAGCUAUGCAGCACAUAGUCUGUCAAUAAUAGCGCUACAGUUUAAUUAAAAUCUGUGCAUGUGAGAAAAUGUCUCCCACAGCAGUUUGACAAGAGGCGUAGCUUCGCCUCGUGGGCAUGACGCAGUCAAACAAAGUAGAAUUGCAGUGAAGCCUGUUGAGCGAACAAUUGGGCUGCUGUGGCUGCGGGAAUAGCGGUUUGUGUUGCUUAUGCAUACUCUCUUGUUCGCCGUCUUCUGCGCGUGAAGUCGUUUAAAAGUUUGCGUGACAAAAUUUAAAUCAGCGUGCAACAUCUGAUUCGCCGAAAUGUAAAAAUGUAAGAUAAACAUGUCUUUAUCAUCUGAAAUGGAGAAGAAUUCCACCGAAGAUGAUUGUGUGGACUCAGGAGCGGAGACAGGAGGGUCUGACAACAGCCCCAUGUCUUCAACUAGCAGUGAGCUUUCGGCAGGUGAGCAGCAGGACCCCUUCCUGGUCAGUGUGCACAUCAUCACGGACCCGGGCCAGGCCACGCCCCUUCAGCACGCUGCUGACGCCCUGCUCUCCUGGAUCCAUCCUGAGCUGCAGCUGUUCCGUGUCUCCGAGCGUGCCGCCUGGCAACAGAGGCCCAGGCGCUCCCGCACUCUCGCUGCUGGCCAGCAGAGGGCGCUGGCCGUCAUCCUGUUCCUGCAGGAGGAGGAGUCGUACGGCUGUGAGGACCAGGUGCCCCGCCCUCUCCGCGCCCUCCAGCACCUGCCCUGGCGCUACCACCACACCGAGCGCGUUAACGGCAGGCUCCUCCCCCUGGCGCCCAGCAGCCAGGACUUCUUCACCCUGGCGCCUGGAACGCCGCUGUGGGCCGUGCGCCAGGUGCAUUAUGGGAAGGAGAUCAUACGCUUCACUGUGUACUGCCGGCACCACAGCUUCAGGGACAUGGUGAGGAUGUACCGGCUGCUGCUGCAGCGCCCCCUAGCUCAGCGGAGGGAGGACUUCUGCUUCUUUGUGGUGUACUCGAACCAGGACACCGAGAUACAGCUGUCCUUUAAGAGGCUUCCGCGUGGCCAGAACCCCGCCCCCACCGAUUCGGCCGUCAUGGAGAUCCGCGUGCAGGACGUUGGGGGGCUGGUGCCCCUUUUACCCCGGCCGUGCACCCCCAUCAGUCAGGUGCGCUGGCAGACUGAGGACUACGACGGCAACAAGAUCCUGCUACAGGUUCGAGGGUCCACCUUAUUCCGACGGCGACACACCAUUGCCAAGUUUACCUGCUUGCCAGGAGACCCCUCCCCCAUACCCUUACCCACACUCUCUGAGCCCUCCCCCGGCCCCGCCCACUCAUUCAGGAAAGGCCCUACUUCUUACCGGAGCCACCGCUACAGUCAAACGUCGCCCCGCCCCCGGAACCACACCCUCACCUGCUUGUCCAAUCAAGACCUGUGCCAGGCCAGUAAGGAGGAAGAGGGGGCAGGUCCAAACCGGGUCCGGUGGGCGGGACAUCGGAGUCGCUCGCUGUUCUGCCUGCCCACAGCAGAUGGGACGUUUUUGGGCAGCUCCACCCCCUCCCCCUCCCAUUCCCACUCCUCAUCGCUGGCCCCACCCAUUCGACUAAAGGUGGAGGCGCUGGUGGGUGCGGAGGAGACUGAUGUGGACACAGGACGCAAGGUAGACAGUGGUGGGGUGGACCUGACUGUGGUGUCAGCCUAUUCCCGGCCCCACCCCCAGCCCCGCCCACUCUCCGCGCCUCCUCAGGACCCCAUCCCCUCCUUUUCGGCUCUGUCUUGCAGCUCCAUGCCCCUUUUGGUUAACCACGCCCCCCUGUGUGAUAACCGCUCCACCUCAGCGACACCCUCUAUCCUUCACAAGCCCCACCCACAGAAAACCUGCCUCCCAUUGGGUGCACAGGAGGAAGGGCUGGGCAGGGAGGAGGAGCAGAGUGGCCGGUCUUGGGACACACCUGCUGAGCAGGAGCAGGAAUUUUACAUCUGAGUCACAGCCAGGACAGGGACCUGAUCGCACUGCACUUCAGUGCAUUUCUACAGCUCACUGUAUUUUUACAGCUCACUGCAUUUGUACAGCUCACUGCAUUAUUGCAGCUCACUGCAUUUUUACAGCUCUCUGCAUUAUUACAGCUCACCGCAUUAUUACAGCUCACUGCAUCUUUACAGCUCACUGCAUUAUUGCGGCUCACUGCAUCUUCACAGCUCACUGUAUUUUUACAGCUCACUGCAUUAUUGCAGCUCACUGCAUUUUUACCACUCUCUGCAUUAUUACAGCUCACUGCAUUAUUGCAGUUCACUGCAUUAUUACAACUUACUGCACUCACCACUGCAGAGAGGAUCAAGGUCACUGCGGCUUUGCUCCUUAUGAUCUGUCUCCUGCUGCUGUCCAGCUCUCUCUCAGAUUCCGCCUGUGCAAAUGUGAACACACACCCAUGCACACACAAAGGCAAACAUUUUCACAUACACACAUACCCAUGCUCACUUGCACAUACACACAGACACGCACACACACGCAUGCACACAAACACACACACACUGUAGCGUUUCAUAAAUCACUACAUUCAAAUUGAUCAAGACUGCAGUGACAGAUAUAGAGCCGGAGAACUGUACAGCAUCCUGUCAGAUACAUUAUCCUGUUAUUUUCAUUACUGUCACAGUAUAUUUUUAAAAAGAAAAUUACAUUUUUCCAUAUGAAAGAGGUUCAUUCUUGGUGUAAAUAAUGAAGGAGAAACUGCUCUGAAAUAUUUAUUUACUAUAAGAAGUGAUCAGAGAAGCCUGCACACCAGAAUCCAGUUUGGAAUUGAAACCACUGCAGUGAACAAAAGAAUAAUUUGUACGAUAACUUGUGAAAGAAUAGCCAUGGAACUGAUUCACUGUGAUCCAUCCACUCCCUCUGGUGGGGAAACAGGGAGAGUUGUUCCCUGAAAUUGACAUGUAGCCAAUGUCUAUGGAAGGUGUGCAAUGCUACUUCCUAUUGGUUUUAGAUGAUAAACAGGCCUCAGCACAGCAAUGUAUGUUUUUUAAACAUUAAAUCUUAAAUGUUGUAUUUCUCAGAUGGUGUAAUAAAGCCUUUUUCCUAUGAAUGACUGCACAGUGCAGCAGGUUUAAAAAA